ACUAAUCACAUAUCUGAUAUUCCUUAGUCAGCAAUAAGAUGGGAGUCUCUAUUCUCCUUUUUUUAGUAACUGUAACAUUUAUCUGCGUAAAUUCACAACUGCAACAGUACCAAUACGCAUUGCCAGAUUAUUCCCUUCAAAAUGUGGAACCUAAUUACAAUCAGCUUUUACAACAACAAGUUCCUUACUACCUUCAGGCACCUCAGGAACAGACUUAUUAUCCGGUGAGCCAACAACAGCCAGUUUAUCCAACUAAUGGCUUAUCCAAUGUUUAUCCAACUAAUGGCCAAGGAGUAUAUUAUCCAUAUCCUUAUCAAUAUGCAGUUCCUGAUCAACCACAAUUUACUUCAGAACAAUUACAACAAAUUGCAUUACAACAGUUACCACAAUCUCUGGUUUUACCUCAGCAAAUAGGGAAUGCAAAAAAUAACACUGAACCACAGCCUGUGGCCGUAAAGACAGAACAACCUAAUUCAUUUGCCAAUGUUAAAACGGAAAUCAUUGAUCUUAAUCCUCAAGAUUUUAGAAGAGUGAUGCAACGACUAAAUGCUAGACCCAUAAUUGUAUCGUAUGAAAGACGUGUGGUAGGAAGUGGAUCAGGACGUCCUCAUUAUACCGUGACGACAAAUUCUAAGCAGACCAAUGAAACUGACGUCCCAAAGUCGAUCGAAACUUACAAAACGACAUCCAAGAUUAACAACACAACACCAGCUCCACAACAAAAAUUUGGAAAACGAUUUAUGGACGUACCUGGAGGAUGUCAAGAGGGGAUGCAAUUUUCUGCUACAGGAGGAUGUUUUGAGUCCUUCAAACUGGCUGUGACCGAACCGAACUAUAAUAUUUCUAAAUCUACAAAAGUUCCUAGCCACACCACUCGUUCCUCCGGAAGAAAUUUAACAAGAGUUUCCCUAAGGCACCACUAGGAUUCGAGUAUGGAUCUACCGUAGUCAGUCUUGUUGAACGCCAGAAUUCAUUAUUAUUUAUUAUCUCCACUAACUUUUUUUCAAACUGAACCAUUAGUUUCCAGAGGAAAUAGUUUCGAAUAUUUUUGUAUAAAAUUCUUUAUAGUUUGACUUGAAUAUUAAAUAUAUUUUAUAAUAUUAAAAUAAAAUGUAAAUAAUAUAUUGCUAUAAAUAAAACAUUAAAACAAUGAGCUACAACCAUAA